UUGCAGAAUAUUACAUGUCUAAUCCAGAUUUGCUUCGAGAUCUACUAUCUGACUCAGUUCUAAAUGCCUUGUCACUUGAGACUUUAGUCAGGCAAGGAGCAGAAGCACGAAUCUAUCGCACUAAGUUGUUCCAUUCAACAUAUACUUUUCCAUGUAUUGUUAAAGAAAGAUUCGUCAAACGUUAUCGUCAUAGUACAUUGGAUGCCACUUUGUCAAUGCAGCGAAUGCGAGCUGAAGUCAGACAGAUGUUGCGUUGUAGAGAAGUAGGAAUAGAUGUCCCUCCAGUCCUUCUGGUUGAUGUUCGACGACGUCGGAUUUGGCUCGGUGAAGUUGGUCCAGAUGCUGUCACACUUCAAGACUGGUUUAAAAACUUAUCUUCUCUAGCAACUGCAUCAGAUUUAUGUACCAUGGAUAUCCAGGAGAAAACAGCUUCACGAUUGCGAAAUUUAACAACGGCAUUAGGUCGACUACUUGCUCAGCUACAUUCUAACCAUAUAAUACAUGGUGAUUUGACUAUGUCCAAUAUUCUGGUUCAACAGGUAGAUAAUUGUAACAAAGAAUCCGAUUUUCGAGUCGUUCCUAUAGAUUUUGGACUUUCAAGCUCUUCUUCUGGAUUAACCUCACAACGUUUAGCAGAAGAUAAAGCUGUAGAUCUGUAUGUGUUUGAACGGGCCUUAACCUGUGGCCUUGAUCACAAAGCCCUGUCAAAAAUUACCACUGACCACGCCGAUUUAAAUACUCCAGAAUCGCUUCUGAAUUUAAUUAUAAAGUCCUACCGGGAUAAUUAUGUAUCGACAAUACUGGAUGAUCAACAGAUAAAGUCUAAACAUGAUAAUGCAAAAUCAGGUGGUCAUUUGGAAAAACAAAAUCACGAAGUCAAAGAAAUUUUAAACAAAUUGGAGGACGUUCGACUUCGUGGUCGAAAACGUCUGAUGAUCGGUUGAAUCGCACUUUGUGGGUGCGUUAAGUGAUAACUUUCUGCAAAUUAUCGUACAUGUACAUUAUUUGAAUAAUUGUAUUUUAUAAUUUCUGAACCCGUUUGACGACUCUAAUCCAAUUUCUUUUCUUGGAUACAAAGCCACUAAUGAAAAUAGCAUGAUCAGUCAGGGUUUACGAAAUUCGAAUCGUGAUGUAUCCAAACGUCUGUCACACUAUCAAACUGCAGCCAAAUAGAACGUACCUCCUUCGAAGUAAGUGGAUAAGAAAUUUAGGAUACGCACUAGAACCCGUAGAAUAUCAUAAUAUUGUAUUAAACGCUCGCUAGCAAUUAGUAAGAAAAUAAUGAUAAAUAGUUGAAGUAGGUCGUCCACAAGAAACCUUGAACCUAGGUUUGGUAAUAUUCUAUGCUCGUUAACAAGGUAUACCUGCAAUCUUGUGAGAACUGAUGCUUUCUGGGGUAUUAGAACCCGCCUCACCUAGCUUCACAGUGAGAUGCUAUCACUGAGCCAUUUGAGCUGUUACGGCUUCAAAAACUUGAACAGCUUCGUUAAGUAAUAUAAACUAUCGACACUGAACAGUAGUCUCAGAAUAAAUACCAUUACAAGUACGAUAACGAAUUAGUGAUAAUAAAAAUACUUGGGAUCAGCAGUUCAUUGGGAUGUAGGGUCAGCGGCUAAGACGUCCGACAUCCACCACUAAGUUCCAGGUUUGAGUUCAAAUACACCUACUUCGAUUUAGGAAACAGGCUAGUAUCAUUACCCCUCAUAUUUAGGGUGUAGUACAUACCCAAGUACCU